AUGGAGAGCUCUUUUAGACCUAGACCUCCCCCAUUCCCCGAGCCAAACUCCACAGCUGUGACUGUGUUCCUCUUUGAAGGUUUCUCCAGCUUUGGGUGGCAGCACAGGCUUGGCUUCUUCGUUGUCUUUCUAACUCUAUACCUGCUGACUCUCGCUGGCAAUGCCAUUAUCGUGACGGUUAUUCGCCUGGACCAUCACCUCCAUACUCCCAUGUACUUUUUUCUGGGCAUGCUUUCCACUUCUGAGACCUGUUACACUGUGACCAUAAUUCCCCGCAUGCUUUCUGACCUCCUGAGUCCUCACCAGCCCAUUUCUAUCCAGGGCUGUGCCGCUCAGCUCUUCUUCUAUCUCACCUUUGGUAUCAGUAACUGCUUCCUGCUCACAGCCAUGGGAUACGAUCGCUACGUGGCCAUCUGCAACCCCCUGCGGUAUUCAGUCAUCAUGGGUAAAGAGGCCUGUGUCCAGCUGGCAUCUGGGUCCCUGGGAAUUGGCCUGUGUAUGGCUGUUGUCCAGGUAACAUCCGUGUUUGGCCUGCCCUUCUGUGAUGCUUUUGUCCUCUCUCACUUCUUCUGUGACGUGAGACCCCUGCUGAAGCUGGCCUGCACAGACACCACUGCCAAUGAGAUCAUCAACUUUGUGGUCAGUGUUUGUGUCCUUGUUCUACCCAUGGGCCUGGUCUUCAUCUCCUAUGUCCUCAUCAUCUCCACCAUCCUUAAGAUUGCUUCAGCCGAGGGUCAGAAGAAGGCCUUUGCCACCUGUGCCUCCCACCUCACAGUGGUCGUCAUCCACUAUGGCUGUGCCUCCAUCAUUUACUUGAAGCCUAAGUCCCAGAGUUCCCUGGGGCAGGACCGACUCAUCUCGGUGACCUACACCGUCAUCACUCCUCUGCUGAACCCCGUCGUGUACAGCCUGAGGAACAAGGAGGUCAAAGAUGCGCUGUGCAGAGCCCUGGGACAAAAGCCCCUCUCCCCUCAAUGAGGAGAGGUGUCG